AUGAACACAAAAAUUAUUCAAAAUUGUAAACAUAUUAUGGAAUAUGGUAAAACAAUUACUAUCGACAACGAAAUAAAAUUGUUGUUCAAUGACUUUGUUGAUGAAUUAAAUAAAAUUCAAAAUUCAAAAAACAGAGUGACAUUUCUGAAUGAAUUACGUAGAAUAGUUGAGACAAUGUUUAAUAUUGUCGAAAAUAAAUAUACUGAUCCAUCUUUACUUAAUCAUGACUUAUUUAUUAUUUUACGUGAUCAAUAUAUCGAUUUAUUAAAUAAAUGGAAGAAAAAUGAUGAAGUAUUAAAUGAUGACGAACAAUACUUAUUUUUUAACAUAGGAGCUUUACUUGCUAAUAUGACUAAUCAUGUAAACACUAAUAAUAUUCAGAUAUUUAAAUCGCUUUUAUUAAAUCAAACACUAAUCGAAUUAAUUAAGCAGUGUCUUAAUGACGUGAGUGCAACAGGAAAAUAUUUAAAUGAUAAUUUAAAUUUAUCAUCUCUUGGUUAUAUCAUAACUGCACUGCAAAGAUUUCAACUUCGUCAGGUAAAUAUACAAGAUGAUCCAAUAUUAUCUUCUCUACUAGAUCUAGUUGUCAAAUGUUUAUGUUCAGCAAAUUAUACUGAUGUAUUUAAACAAUUAAAAGUCGAAUCCGUCGAAGAUAAGCUAAAUAUAACACAGACGUUUUUUCUAGUAACAUGUCCAAAAUAUAUUAUUCAUUAUAUUGGUAAACAACGGGAAACAAUAUAUCCGAUAAUAUCUGAAAAUCUAUUAAAACGUUGUAAUGAAUUAUUUGAAAAGUUUAUUCCCUUAAUUGUCAACUGGAAUAAAUGUAUCAUCGAAGCUAUGGAAAAACUUAUAGGAAUAUUACAAUGUAUUAGCUAUCAGCAUUCAACUUUAGCGCCUUAUAAAAAUGAACAUUCGAAAUUAAUCGUCCAUAUACUGACUAUUUUGAAUGCUCAAAAUUUAAUCAAGCAAAUUAUUGAUAAUGAUGAUUAUAAUCAAAUGGUUAGCUUUUUGAUUGGCUAUUGUAUACGAUAUAUAUAUUAUCUUUCGCUUGAACCAAAUUUGCUAAUAAUUAUUCAAAAUCAAAAUGUAACACAAACAUUUUAUGCAUUAACAGAGGCUAAAGAUAAAGAAAACAAAUUUAAUUGUUAUCGGAUGUUGGCUAUAAUAUUGACUGAACAAGAUGUUAAGAGAUUAGCUAAUCCAAGGAAAAUAGCAUCGGUAUUUACGACCUAUUUGAAAAGAGCAAUUGUUGAUCCAUUAUGGAUAUUGAGACUGCCUAGGUUAUUAUUGAGCUUAAAAAUACAACAUGAACAAAUCAAGCAAGAGCUGAUCAAUCUAGAUGCUAUUUCGUUAUUGAUCCAAUGUACUAUGGAACCGAAGUUUGAUACUAUUACAGUACAACAAAAUGCCUUGGAAAUAGUUUUGGCGAUGACAUUCAAUGAACAAGCUGCGACCAUAUUAAAAACUGAUGAGAAAUUUAUGUCUCAUGCUAGAUCAUUAUUAUCAUCCGAAGUAAAAGGAUUACAAAAAGUAGCCGAAGGUAUUCUGUGGAAACUCGAACAAGAAUCAGAGUAUAUAAUAGAACAAGAUAAAAAGGAGCAAACAGGUCCAAACAUGCAGGUUGUUGAUGAAAAAUUGUCAGACAGAGAAAUAGCUGCGAGCGCACCGAUUACAAUCCAGAGAAAACCAACAUAUAAAUAUGAUAUAAUGAUCAGUUAUUCUCACAAUGACAAAGAAUUAUGUUAUCGUAUUCAAGAACAACUACUCAAAGAUAAUUUUCGUGUUUGGCUCGAUCGUGAUAAUUUAUAUGGUGCGACGAUGCAUUCAAUGGCCGAUGCGAUCGAAUAUUCAGAAUUUGUUUUGAUUUGCAUGUCGGAUUCUUAUAAGCAAAGUGUUUAUUGUCAAUCAGAAGCCCACUAUGCAUUUGAACGUCGAUGUCAUAUUAUUCCGUUGAUCAUGAAAUCCCAGUAUCGCCCGGAUGGAUGGUUGGGGUUUAUUGUCAGCGGAAAAAUAUACAUCGAUUUUCCAAAAUUGAAUUUCGAUGCUGCUUAUCAGAAACUGAAAAUGGAGAUUCAACAAUACCGAACACAGAAAAACGACAUUAAGCAAUCAUGUGCGAAUGGUGAACGUUUGAUACAUUUAGAUCAGGAACAGAGUGUUAAUCGUGAUUCGAUAACCGAGAAAAUACCAGAUAAUGUUGUACGAAAGAUAUCCGCCUAUGCGAACUGUGUUGUAUCUUGGACAGAAGAGAAUGUGAAAGAUUUUCUGACUGAUAAAAACCUUGAAGCAAUGAUACCUUUAUGUGAAAAUAUGGAUGGACAGGCAUUACAUCGUUUUUAUCAGAUGUGUCAAACAAAUUUCGAUGCCAUGUACCAAUCGUCAAAAACUGAAUUACUCGAAUUACACAAGAAAAUAUUACCCAUCAAUGUUUAUAUACGAUUUAUAACUGAAUUGAAAAAAUAUGUGCCUAUUUGUGAUUUGAAAGAUAAAAAGGAGCAAACAGGUCCAAACAUGCAGGUUGUUGAUGAAAAAUUGUCAGACAGAGAAAUAGCUGCGAGCGCACCGAUUACAAUCCAGAGAAAACCAACAUAUAAAUAUGAUAUAAUGAUCAGUUAUUCUCACAAUGACAAAGAAUUAUGUUAUCGUAUUCAAGAACAACUACUCAAAGAUAAUUUUCGUGUUUUAUCAUAUGGGCAAAAAUUGAAUGAAGAAAUGAAGCGUGUGGUCAACCAAUUUCUUUCGAUUCUGAUGGUACUUGUUAAAAUAAUGCAUUUAAGUCGAUCAGCGCAUGAAAACUGUAUUUUCUCAGUACGAAGAGACGAGCGUCAAAACUCUUAUGUUCUGUUAGAUCUUCUGUAUACAUAG